AUGUGGAACAAUGCUGUAAAUAACUUGAUUGUUCCUGGAGAAUUAACUGUUAACCGGGUCGCCAACGGAAACCAGUUGUUCACCGUGGUAAACGGAGGAGGAGGAGCUGCAAAACUCGCUUCUAAUGAGUUUGCCCGAUUCCGAGGUAAUUAAAGAAUAAGGUGUCUCUCUGUGUUUUGCUUCAAAGAUGCUUACCAUUGACAGAAAAAAGCACUACGAUUCAAGUCAGAGCUUUAAGACGUGGUCUCUCCAAAAGCUGUCUGGUGCGUUUCGGGUCGAAAAAUCGAUUUCUUUCAAACUUUGCCAAGGAAUCUAUCUUAGUCCACAAGUAAUCGAUUUCAAAUAUAGCAAAAUUAUUUUUUCCCUGAGCGAAAAUCGCUUCAGCGCUCGAACGCCCACUUUUAACAACACCAAUUAUCAAAAUUCUAGUUUGAGGGUUUUGUCUCGUUUCGCAUAUUUAGAUCAACCCUUUGUAAGAACAAAGCACAUAAGUUUUGUUUCUUUAACUUUUUUUUCACUAAAUAUGUAGUUUUUUUUAUCUCGGCUCAGCCCAAAAUUUCAACUUCCUCCUCACGAUAUUUUUAUUUCGACUGGCUUCAGUAGGGUAGGAGAGCAUGGAAAUAUAAAAACAUGUUGUGGUUUCGGCGGACUUUCAGAAUAGCCGGCCAAUAAACUCGCAGGCGCAUGUUCAGAUGUAUCCAAAAUGACGGGCCGUAGUAUCAAACGUUCACCGGACGUAAUCGAUAAUGUCCAAUUAAAUACAUUUUCUUCAGCUGACAUUGAAUAUAGACAUUUCUUCGUUUUUCUAUUUUCCAUAUGCGGCAUUCAGCUUACUUACCUUUCAUGUUUGGAACGAAAUGUCGUUACAAAUACGUUUUUACUUUCCAAAAAAUUAUACAAAAGUUACAAAUUAUUUUUCUGCUUUUUCCCUACCCAUCUUACACUGAUGGCACACCUGAUUGCUUUCUUCAAAGUGGCGAACAGAUUUCCUUUUUUUGGGAGUUCUUUUGCUUGGAUUUGCGCGAGGUUUUCGCCGUCUUUAGAACUUAAUAUUUGGCUCCCCUGCUCAUACUUAAAAGAGGAAAACUAAUCAGCUUUUGGAGAAAAAUUCCCCGCUUCAAACCAAGAGAAAUCGAUCCAAAAACAGGCUAUUACGAAAGGACAACCUCUGAAGGGGAGAAUGCGAGGACCACUUUUUGGGCUCGUUUGUUACUCAAGCAGAGAUCGAAGGAUUUGUAGUGGCACUGAAUGGCAAUUUCCAGACAAUAUAUGGGAGAUUAUUGUAGUUAUCAGGGGUUGUAUUUCCCCGCAUGAAACCUCGAAAGGUGUCUUACAUUUUGGUAAUGGUAAGUGUAUUGAGGUUCGAUUAUCAUAAUUAGAACACCGCCUUUUUCACAAAGUUAUCAUGAACGCUGCUACCUAACUUAAAUGUUAUGAUCGCACACAAGCCUUACUAAGCGGCAACCAUUUUUAAAGGGCCCGAAAAGCUUGAAUAAUGAGGAUAUCCGCCAUUUUAUCUUUGGUUGUUGCUAGUAAUGUGUACGGUUACACUGGCUUUCUUGAGCAGUUGUUCAUCUGUUAGCGAGGCAUACUCUACAGCUAGCUCUUCACUAUCGUCAGGCUCAGCGUCAUCGCUGGAGGGUUUCUUGCCAUCUGUUUGCUUUCUCUUCGCUGCGAGAGGCGAAAAAAAAAUCCCUGGAUUUGAAGGUUUGAAAGCCAUUCCAUUCUAUUAAACAUUCAUGUGCCAUCGGUGUUGCGAGCUUUGCACAUAUCGUUAGCUACUUGUGUUUUUUUUGUCUAGUUAGCUACUAGUUUUUUUGAGCAAAUCAAUAAUCCAUCUGGUUUAUUUGUUUUUUUCUAAAGAAUAUCUUUUCCCGACGAUUUUAGGCUAACUUAUAGUUUAUAAACACAAAAGAAGGGACCUUUCAAUAAAGCAGUUCUCGUGGGGUUCUUAGGGUUGAAUUGAAAGGACUGCACUUUAAGUGCUGUGAAGAUGAACAGUUUCUAAAUGAACGACAUGAAAUAUUCUGAAUAAACCUAAAUCUUGUCAUAGCUAUCCUGGCCUCUGAAGUUUUCUCCCCUUUCUCAUUAAUUCAGGCUGAUAAACAAAACAAUAGGUCACCUAGAACUUUCGGCGGCUCUCUUUUUCUAUCAAGGUGAAGAUUUUUCUUUACUAAAUGAUGUUUUAUCUUAUUGCAAGUCAUAAAAAAGCUUUUAUGGACUCGAAUUGCGUGUCAAUCAUAAUUUGGCCGUAUAAAUUUCGUUUACCUUUGAGACCGCUCCAUGUGCAUUGUUAGUUCAAAUUUUCGAAAACUGCGCGCAAUUUGUUGACCGGCUAUUCUAAAAGUUUGCAGAAAUUACAACAAGUUUUUAUAUUUCCAUGCUACUCUACCCAUUUUUUUCGCCAGUCUGAAUGAAAAUAUCGUGGGGGAGAAGUCGGAAUUUUGCGCUGAGCCGAGAUAAAAAGUUGCAUAUUUCUGGUCAUGGCGGUGGCUUCAAAGUAAGUGUCAAACAAAAAAAUUUCAGUGAAAAAAACCGUUAAAAAAACAAAACUUAUGUGCUUUGUUCUUAUGAAGAGUUGAUCUAAAUAUGCGAAACGAAACAAAACCCUCAAACUGGAAUUUUGUGAAAAGACGAGCUCGGCAAUUUGUGCUACUUUUGAUAAUCGGUGUUGUUAAACACAGGACCGCUUUAAAGGAGACUGCGUCUUAACAAGCCUUUGAAAUCUACGUGAGAGGAAAUAGCGAUGGAUAUCUAUUCAUUCACCGUCAACAUGAUUAAUCUACAAUAUGUUUAACCAGACGAUCACGAGUAGUAACCUGACAUGAGUAAUCGGUUUCGGAAGGGGAAGAGAAACUGAUCGACUUGCUUUUAUUGUUACUUUUCUCUUUCAAUACAAGUUACCACAACUAGAAUGUUAUUUUGUGGAUUUGUUGUAGUUUUUAGUUUGUUUUUAAUCAAAUAGUCAUACUCUCAUUUCAAACUAAUCUCAAAAGAUUCUGCCCGAGCGUUAUUAAAAGAUUAUUUUGGAACAAUAUUCCGCAAUUAACCAGAGACAAACCAUCUAAAAAGAUGUUUAGAAAAGCACUUUUACGCUAGUACCUCGCUCAAUACUAAUGAAAUAUCAACUCUUUGGCAAUUUACUGAGCUAUUUUUAAUAUGUUUUCCUUAACUUCUUUUACCAAAAAAGUACAAGUCUUUUGUUAUAUUGACGUAACUUAUGGGGUACGAAAUUAGUUUAUCUAGACAUGCCCCUCUCUCCUCUCCUUCCUAUAUACAAUGUGACUUAAUCUAAGUGGAGUAGUUUUGUAUUGUAAGUCUUCUUUCCUUUCCUCAUCUUUAAAAAAACUCCAUUUUUAGAUCAGGAUGCAUCUCGAGGUAUUAAACACCGUAAGAUUGUAAAUCAGUCUUUAAAGUGCAAGCAGCAAUGCAGUGCAAGCAGCAUUGCAGUACAUUAUUUGAUGAAAGUAUUCUCUCAUCUUUGUGAACGUUUAAAACGGGUUCAGUUCAUACCAGUAUUUCUUUUGGUUACUGUUAGUAAACGUUUGAAUGGUGGUCAAUUCCUAACUGAUCAUGUAUAUUAUGAUUGCAAACAGAGAUAUUGGUUGAUUACCAAGCUGUGCAGUUUGUUCUCAAUCAGCAACAUAUAAAUAACUUCAUAACUGAAGUAACCCAACCAGGAGGACCUAUGGAGGCUGCACUCAAUUAUUUAUUAACUCAGCCGGCGGGAUUAGUGCCUGCAGGCGUGGUAUGUCUUUGCCUUGUAGAACUAUUCUUUUUUGAAGGAGUAAGGAAUAAUGUGAGUCCUUUAAGACGAUUCGUACUUCAGACCUAUGGAUCUUACCGUAUGAUGCUCUUCCACUGAGCAACAAAGAACUCAAUUGUGAGCUAACGAGAUAAUUGGUGUUCCAUUCCACACGAGAUCUCAGAUUUUUCUCGAAUGCUUAUUUCAAAGGUUAAAUUAUUCCCUCGCCACUGAAUUUCGCAAAGAAAAUCACGAAACUAUUCUGAGGAGAGCGGAGUCGAUAAUAAAACCCAAGUUCUUCACUCGUCUAAUAUCUAUCAAAAGCAAAUGUUCUUGCAAUGAUCUGAAAUACUUCCUCAACUGUUUCAGUAGCAAGAGCAGGCACCUUAUGACCAUAUGCUCCAUUGUUGGCUCUUAAAUAUACCAAAGCACAAACAACCCCAAACCUAAAGGAUGAUCUUACUCCUUACUAAGUGUACCUCUCUUCUUGACGGUGUAUUAAAAUUUCAAAUUGACUCAGCAUAAAGGAAGAUGUCAUUCGUCUUAUCACGACAAAAAAGGAAAAAAUUAAAACUGAGGGCCCAUGAGAAAUUGGAAGACACAUUUCAGGAUCAUUUCCACCUCUUUUCGUAUCACUUGUUGUUAAAUCAGUUGCCUUGCUCGUUCACUGGAUGAUACCCCUAAUAGUUCAUACCCUUUCAGACAACCUUACCACAGUUCAGAUGCGUCUUGGAAGAUUUAUGGUUUAGAAACACCAAUGGCUUUAGAGAUGUCUUUGUUGGUAAGUGCGGAAAAUAAUACAGAUAAAUAAAUAGUCUUAAGUGGUUUAUCGGCACAUUAUCCGCCAUAGAAGGGCAGUGGGUCCUAAGCAGUCUCCGAAAGCACUUAGCUACCUGACAAUCUCGUUUAUUCCUCGACGGAUUUAAUUAACAUGAUACAGAGUUACGUGCAUCCAUAUUCACCAAAUUCUGUGUUCACAAUUUUGUUUAUCAGGUCAUAAAGUAAACGCCAACGAUUACAAUGGAUUUCACAACUGGUACCAGUUUUUCCUAGAACAAGGGAGAAACCCAACUCAGACGACAAACAUCUGUUUCAAACAGCCACCGGAACUGCCGGCUUUCGUUGGAAACAAACGCGUCAGUUAUUUCAUUUAGAGCAAAAAAACUCUACCUGUGAAACCCAUAGGUUCAGCUGAUAAUGUGCUCAGUUACUCUACAAGCAAGUUCAUUUCGUUCUCGGAAAAUUCAAUUUUUAUCCAAUCAUAGGGCGUUGAAGCAAUGCAGUGAGGGUUGAGAGCUGGCGGAAUGGCUAAAUGGCCUGUCACACUAAUCUGAUUAAAUGUUGAGAUCGUUACGUCAAUUCCUCUCGAUUAAAAAAUACUUCUGUACUUGUCUCCUAAACAGGCAAACAAAGGGUAGAGAGAGAGAGAGAAAGAAAGAGAGAAGCACUAAGGGGAAAUUGUUUUUCCAGCUGGCCUUUAGCACGAACAUACCGAUCCUGUGCUCUGGGCUGGCUAAACAAGACACAAAAGUGUCUCCUCCUAAAUUUAGAGAGUAAUUAGCCGUAAUAUAAUAGCUUCCUAGCUUAGUUUACAGUUCGUUGCCUUUACAAUUUAUAUAAAGAAGGAUACAGUAAUUGUUCAGGAAGCACAAUUUGAAGUCAGUUGUUCAAACUAUUUCACGGAGGAGUGGAAUUCAAAAGCGUACAGCUGUUUACCUCACAUGGUUUUGCAUUACACUGACGUGAUCCUCAUUGCCGCUAACAGCCUUAAUUUCCACAUUGUAAAGGGAAGAACACUUAGUUUCUCUUUUACCUUUUCAUCUGCAGCCACAAUUUUUUCGUGACCUCUCAUUCACAUGGAGAGGGGCGACCAAAGCACCAGCGGGCAGUAGCAGCAGCAUGUUCGUUGGAACCAGCCCAUCUUUCGAAUUGGCCUUAUUCACCACUUGCUUCCUUAAAGGACGCGGAAAUGCUGGAGGAGCAAAUCCACCUCCGGGACCGUAUAGGAUAACCAACUGUGAUUGCACCAUUAACGAUAAUGGGGUCAGCACAGUAGAAGUUAGGACCGUCGAGAACCAGAAUGGCGAGGUCGUUGCAGCUGCCCCUACAAAUGUCCAUUAG